AUGGCCCAUGCCUUCCAGAUCCUCACGAUGCCGUUGAAACAGUUUCAGUGCGACGGCUGCCCGAGAAGGUACAUGAACAAAAGGUCGCUGUACAACCACAGAAAGUACGAAUGCGGGCGGAAACCGCCCAUCUGGUGUCCCCACUGCGAAUACUAUUCGUUUCUCCGUUCUCUCUAUUUAAUCGUGUCAAUCCCUUUCUUUUUUUUAGGCAAAUUUCAUCGAUGCGAUAUUUGCAAUAAGGUAUACAAGAACGAGAAGAGCCUCAAGAGGCACAAGAGGUACGAGUGCGGAGUCGAUCCCCAGUUCUCCUGCAUCCACUGCGAUUACAAGUCGAAACAGAGGGUCUCCUUGAUGAGGCACAUCGCUUGUCGGCACACUCCGGGAUUUUCUUUUUUAAGAAAGUACAAGAAAAUGGCCGGUACUGGAAGAAAUUCGAGUGUGGAGUCCAAGGAAUUUCACCCUUGCGAUGUCUGCAUGAAACGUUACAAGAGCACGAGGAGCCUGCAGAGGCACAAGAAGUACGAGUGCGGAAUCGAACCCCAGUUCCUCUGCACAUAUUGCGACUACAAAUCAAAGCACAAAGACAAACUUCAUUAUUGCGAUAUUUGCAUGAAACGUUUCAAGAGCUCGAGGACCCUGCAUAGGCACAAGAAGUACGAGUGCGGAAUCGAACCCCAGUUCCUCUGCACAUAUUGCGACUACAAAUCAAAGCGGAAAAGUAGCAAGGUACAUGGCUGGUACAGGAAGAAGUACGAGGUGAAGUCGAACCCAUGUUCUUCCUAUGUUCAUUACAAACUUCAUCAUUGCGAUAUUUGCAUGAAACGUUUCAAGAGCUCGAGGACCCUGCAUAGGCACAAGAAGUACGAGUGCGGAGUCGAACCUCAGUUCCUCUGCACACAUUGCGACUACAAGUCGAAGCAGAAAGGAUUUAGUACUAAGUCCUCAGUGAAAAUUGGUGGGCGGAAUGUUCAGCAUUUUUCUUCUUCAGCUUUAUGUUUUUUUCUGUUCUUUAACAUAUCGAUUCGUUAUUUUUUAGAUAAACGACAUCAUUGCGAUAUUUGCUUGAAACGUUACAAGAGCACAAGGAGUCUGAAAAGGCACAAGAAGUACGAGUGCGGAGUCGAACCCCAGUUUCUCUGCAUGUAUUGCGAUUUCAAGUGUAAACAGAAAGGAAAAUACUAUGUAUGCGAUGUUUGCUUCAAUAGAUACAAGAAUAGGUGGAAUCUUAAAAGACACAAGAAGUACGAGUGCGGAGUCGAACCCCAGUUCCCGUGUCCGCAUUGCGAGUACAAGUCUAAGCAGAAAGGACAUCUGAAAAUUCACAUCGCCCGUCGCCACACGCCCAAAACUCCACCAACUUAAGACGUUUCAAUUGAAAACGAAGGAAUACGCUCAGGCUUCAUGCAGAGCCAGGGCAAAUUUCAAUGCUUGCUGGAUCCGAAAGAUCUAGUGUCACUGGAAGUCCAAAUCCGACUGGAGGGGUCUCAAAUCACAUAUUAUUUUUAUCUCAUUGACCUUAAAAAAAAGUAUUUUCCAUGUAAAUAAUUCAAUAAUUAUCUGAUAUAAUUAGUAGGAAAUAUAUUGAUUUAUUCUCGUAAGGCUUUUCUUUAAUUUUCCUUCACUGUGGGUAACGACAUGGUUUUUCUCAUUAGAGAAAGAGCGUGGGAAAAAAACGAGAUAAAGCGUGGUAAUUUUGGAUUUCUUAGGUGAGAAUCGGCGUGUGGAAGGUUUCUGAUAUUCUCUUUUUAGAUUUUAUUUUAUUACAUUGUCGAUACUUUUAUUUUAUUUAUUAUUAUUUUUUAGACAAACCUCAUCAAUGCGAUGUUUGCGCGAAACGGUACAAGA